AUGGAGGAGGAAAUGGAGAGAGAUGAGGAAAUGGAGAGGAGGAGAUGGAUGAAGGAUGGAGAGGAGUGGAAUGGAAGAGGAGAUGGAUGGGAAAUGGAGAGGAGGGAGGAGGAAAGGAGGAAAGGAGGAAUGGAAGGAGAUGGAGGAAAGAUGGAGAGGAGAGGAAAGGAGGAUGGAAAGGAGGAUGGAGGAGUGGAGGAAGGAGAGGAUGGAAUGGAUGGAGGAUGGAUGGAGGAUGGAGGAAAGGAGAGUGGAGGGAGGAGAGGAGGAGAGGAGGAUGGAGAGGAGGAUGGAGGAGAAGGAGGUGGAAUGGAGAGGAAUGGAGGAGGAGGAAAGGAAAUGGAGGAAGGAAAGGAAUGGAUGGAGUG